AUGUUCCCAAACAUCAUCCCACGAUACAACAAGAGUGCAACAUCAGUAACAUUCAAACUGAUAGAGAAUAUCAACUCGUUUAUAACAUUCUCCAAGAAGUUGGGCAUUAAUAGUAAUAUGAUCUUUGUCGAGACGGACUUGUGCGAGAAUAAGAAUAUGCCAAAGGUUAUAUCUACAUUGAGUACGAUUGCUGGUAUAGUGGUACAGAGAGGCUUCCCAAUCAAAUGGCCAUCAAUAGACGAUAUUGAAGAAGAGGAGGAGCAGCAGAAUGGCAACGGCGCAUCAAAGAUCACACCACACGCCACUCCAAUCCAAUGGGACAACUCAUUCAUUUAUACAGAGUCGCCAUCGGCUUUGGCCGCCGGUGCCAAGGCUGGAUCAAAUGGACGAUCGACCAAUCCUACGCCACCCGUUGUGGUGCCAGGCGCCGUCGCCAAACCAUUCGGCUCGAGCAUUGGCAGCAACAAUGGCAGUGUCAACAGUCCAUACCGUUCAAACUCACUCAAUGCGUCCAACAUCAACAACAACACCUCUGGUCUCAAGCCAUCCAUCCUGCCCGGCUCCAACUUCUACGGCUCCUACCUCUCCAAGGGCAGCUCCCUUUCCAAGCAAACAGGUCAUUCAAUUGCACAAUCAUCUUCGUCGUCAUCACAGUCACCUCCUGAAUCAACAACACCAUCAUCAUCAUCAACAUCAACAAACAAAGCGACAACACCAACAUCCCCUGUAUUAACAUCUCCAACUCCAACUCCAUCAACUCCAACUCCAACUCCAACAGCAACACCAAUUCUUAUCACAUCGAGGACACCAAUCACAACAAACAUUACUCGAAACACAACUCCAACGCCAGCCCCGGCGCCAACACCUGCGCCAGCACCAGUACAAGCACCAGCACCAACACCAGCACCAGCACCAGUGGAUACUAAAUGUAGAGAACACACUACAGUUGAUAUGAAGGACUUGCCAAAGGGCACGACAGCCCUUCAUGUGGCAGCUGGAGAUGGACAUGUAAAGUGUGUAAAGGUAUUGCUGAAAGAGGAGCCAAGAUCGAUUAAUGCCGCAACGAUAUUCGGCCGCACACCUCUUCAUGAAGCCGCAACAAAGGCAAGGAGCGAGGUCAUUCCAAUUCUGAUCGAGGCCGGCGCACAGAUCAACACCACCGACAAGGACGGCAACACACCACUACACUUGGCAUUGCUGAGGAAUGACUUCGGAUCAGUCGACGAGCUGCUAAAGCACAACGCCGACGCCAACGCCAUCAACAAGGACGGAUCAACACCCAUCAUGAUGGUGUCACUCAACGGCGAUGAGCGAAUCGUCGACCUACUACUGGCCGCGGGCGCCGACGUGCGCUCCUCUAACAAGAAGGGCAACACCGCCCUGCACUACGCAUCACUGCGUGGACACAACAAAGUGGUCGAGCGUCUGCUUGAGGCCGGUAGCGAUGUGAACGCCGUCAAUGCCGACGGCUCAACCUCGCUGCACGUGGCUGCCGAGGAGAAUCACACUGGCAUCGUCGAGUCGCUUACAAACAGUGGCGCCAGCGUGGAUACACAGCGAUUGGAUGGCUGGACGCCGCUGUACACCGCAGCGUACAAGGGCAACGUGGCCACAGUCAAGUCACUACUGGUCAGGCGUGCACAGGUCGACACAAUCAAUCAUGAUGGCUGGGCGCCCCUACACGCCGCCUCAUCCGAAGGCCACACCGAGGUGGCCGAGGUGUUGAUCGCGAAUGGCGCCAAUGUCAACCUCCAGGACUCACAGGGAACCACCGCACUGUACCAUUGCUGCUCGUCGGGCAGUCUCGAAGUUACCAAGCUGCUCAUUGCCAGCGGGGCCGACCCCGAGCUCUCGAAGCCUGGCGGCUGGAAGCCCAUCCACAUCGCCUGCUACAACGAGAAUGACCUUGUGACACAGUAUCUCAUCCAGCAUGGAGUGGACUUGGACGCGACCAACGAUGAGAUCAAGGGCUAUGCACCCAUCCACAUUCUCAUCUCCACCGAGGAGCCACAUCUACAACUGAUCGAGCUGUUGCUGCGCAAGGGCAUCGAUGUCAACAAGAAGAAUGUCAAUGGCAGCACACCGCUACAUCUGGCCGUGUUCUGGAAUCACUUUAGUGUGCUGGAGCUACUGCUGCGAUUCAAUGCAUCACUUACCGAACGUAACAACAAGGGACGUACACCAAUAAGUCUGGCCUGUCACUAUGGCAACGAGCCAAUCGCCAAGCAUCUCGCCGACAAGAUGUCCAUCGAUCACAAGAAGCUCAAGAUAAAGAACAACAAACAAAAGAUAUUGGAUAUGGAGACUCCAAGUGCUCCACCCAUUCCAGAUCAGCAGCUGUAG